GUCAUCGUUCGUCUGCAGUCUUCAGCGGUCAAACUACACCACACCACAGCCACUAAACUCUCCGACAGUCGACCGACAAACAAAAUCGACCGACAAUGCAAUUCCAAGUGAGUCAUAUGCGCAUACGUUUUUUUUUUCUUUUUUUUCUUUUUUCGUUUUCAUCUUUUCUGAAAGUAAAUGUUCUCUGGGUGGCACUUUAAAAAGGCCAUUUUUUUGAAAUUCUCAUUAAUAUUCGAGGAGCGUUCUGUUUCUUUAGGUUUUUUCUGAUUGAAAGAUUAAAAAUAAGGUUGUCAUAGGCCACCGUUUUUAUUUAUUUUUCGUUAUUAUUAUGUUUUUAUUAUUUUAUAAAAUCGUUUAUAGGCAAUCAAUGUUUUCACGGAAACGCACAUUGUUGAAAAAGCUUUACUAUAAAUCGAGCUAUAUUAAAAUAAAAUCAAUUUCGAUUUCAAUACAUUCUUUUAACUAGCUAUUCAUCUUUAUACAUCUCUAUAUUUCUUUAUUCUAUGUUUAAACAUCACUAUCGACUGAACUCCGUUCAGAUUCGUUUUUUUUCGUCAGCAAUGGUUUAUCGUUGCUCACACAGAUAUCAAUUAAAUUUCCCCUCCAUAUCCCGCCAUCCCGACUUCUCGCCCACAUCGUGCGAAGUGCACCGGUUUUUUUUUUGUUUUUGAGAUUUAAUUCGCUCGCGUUUACUUUUUGAAAACGAAUUCCCGUGUGUAAAAUACAGGAAAAAUAAAAAUGAAAUGAAAAAUGCUCCAAUACUAUGUGUCCGCAGAUGUUAUUCGCUUUAUUCGCCAUGGUCGUGUGCUUCGCCGCCGCCGCCGAAGAAGUCAAAUCGUCGCCAUCGUCGGCUCAAUCCGCCAACGACCGAAGCAAACGCGGUCUCUUAGCCGCCCCGCUGGUGGCCGCUCCGUACGUAGCCUCGCCGUACGCCGCAGCCCCGUACGUAGCCUCGCCGUACGCCGCAGCCCCGUACGUAGCCUCGCCGUACGCCGCCGCCCCGUACGCUGCAGUCGCUUCCCCUUACGUUUCUCCGUACGCCGCGUACCCGUACGCGGCCAAGACUUUGGCCUCCCCGUACGCAUAUUACCCGUGAACGAGCCGACGCGAAAAUUACGCUCGUAAAAAAGCUCUCCGCAAGUUACCGAAAGAAUUUGUUCCACGAAAAAAAAAAAAAAAUCAUGUAUAUAUUCAUACUCAUAUGUCUGUUAACCGUGAAAUAUUAAAACCGAUAUAAGAAUUGAGAUAACGUUUUUGUUAAAAUAUAAAUAAAAAUCGAAUUUUUUUUUUUUUUUAUAACUUUUUGUUUUGUUUAUUAUA